AUGUAUUACUGCCAACAGUGUGACAAGGAAUUCAUCACCUACAAUGGGUUCAAUAUGCACAUGGAACACAGUUCUGCUCAUCAGGAUCUUGACUAUGAGUGCGAAUUCUGCGACCGGGACUUCGGUACGGAACAAGCUCGUCAUCAGCAUUAUGUAGCAGCAUACGGCCAUCAUUAUUGUGGAGAUUGUCGACGCACAUUCAACAGCGAGCAUUCACUUACACAACACAUGCGCUCAAGGACUCAUGUCGGAACCAGCAUCAGUUGUCCAUUCUGCAAAGGAAACUACGCAACUGCUUCUGGUCUUACCAUUCACCUUGAAUCCGGAACGUGCUCUUCAGGACUUAAUCGUCAAAAGAUCAAUACCAUGAUGCGUCAAAUGGACAAAAACAAUGUCAUCACCAAACCAAUGAUCACAAUGCCCGGCUACGAGAACGCAAGCAACAUGGUAGCUACCGAACACGCCUGGAACGGGGAUGGUUACGAAUGCUAUCUCUGCCAUCGCGAGUUUGAUCGGUUAUCAGGUCUCAACAAUCAUAUGAGGAGUCCAGUGCAUGAACAGAAGAUUUACCAAUGCCCGGGUAGGGGAUGUGGGAGAGAGUACAAGGCGUUGAGUGGACUGGUACAACACGUUGAGAGUGAGAGCUGUGGGGUUAUGCGGUUCGGUCAGGUUCAGGCCGGGGCUAGGAAUGGUAUUGAGCCGUUUGUGGGGAGGAUGAUCAGUUACCGUUGA